AUGUCCAAAGACAGAUGUAAACGAGUGACUACUCAAAUUGAUCUAAAGCUUUCUGGGAUGUCAAAUUCAACCACUACUGAGCAAAGGAUCUUCAGAGUCCAUCACAGACUUCGAAGUCAGAAUGAAGAGGCAUACGAACCACAAAUGUUUUCCAUUGGACCUUAUCAUUGCGGUAAGAGUUCCUUGGAAGAAGGGCAGACGCAUAAGCUGAGGUACUUGAAAGAGCUUCUUUCUCGGACAGGCGAGUCAAGUGCUGAGAAAUACAUCGAGGCCUUGACAAAUCUUGAAGACAAAGCUCGAGGGUGGUAUGCAGAGGACGACCUGAUCGGUCUUGGUGCUGAUGAAUUUGUAGAAAUGAUGUGUCUUGACGGGUGCUUUAUCAUUGAUUUCUUCAGGAAAUUCGGUGCUAAGUAUGGCACAGUUGAUGUUAAUUAUCUCCCCAAAGCAGAUGAUCCCAUUUUCCAAAAGCGUUGGAUAAUGGGAUCUUUGUUCAGGGACAUAUUAUUGUUUGAAAAUCAGCUGCCCUUUUUCAUCCUUGUUCAAUUGUUUGACAUGACCAAGCCACCAGGUGGGGCUAUAGAAGUGAACCUAAUUGAUCUUGCCACUUUCCCUGAAUCCCCUCUACAUUCCUUUUUCCCUGGUGAAAAACCUGAAUCAUUCACAAAUCCUACCACAGUUCUUAGAGAUCGUGAUGCACAGCAUGUAGUUCAUCUUCUUCACCUCGUGCACGAAUGCUGGUGCUGGUCAUUCGCUGCAAAACUAAGGGCGCCGGCUGAUGUUGAAAUCCAAGGAAACAGGGUUUCACGAGUCGUUUACUCCACAAGGGGCGGGAAUUUGGAGCAUAUAGAGUCUGCAAGCGAGCUACGACAAACAGGAAUCAAGUUUGAGAAGGCUAAGCAAAGUGUAUCGUGGCUCGAUAUUACUUUUGAAAGAGGGGUAAUGAAAAUCCCGCCUUUGUACGUUCAUGAUGUUACAGAAUGUGUUCUGAGAAACUUAAUCGCCUACGAGAUGUACACGCUUAAUGGACCCUGGGAUAGGAAAUAUGUACUCGAUUACGUGACCUUCAUGGAUAGUCUCAUAGAUUCCUCCAGCGAUGUUGAAAAGCUUCGAAGCAGGAAAAUUAUGACCAAGUGGCUAGGCGAUGAUGAAGCGAUUUCAUCAAUGUUUAACAAACUGGGAAAGGAGGUUGAGUUUGAUCAAGGCAACAGGCUCUUCUGCUACUGGAAAGUUUUCCAGCGAGUGAACGAGUACUCUAGCAGCCGUUGGAAUACCUGGAGGGCUCAUCUGCUAAGGAAUUAUUUCAACAAUCCAUGGUCCAUCAUUUCAUUUCUUGCUGCCCUGGUGUUGCUGUUUCUCACUCUUGUAGCUACCAUAUCUUCCAUCCUACAAUAUACAGACCAGCCAAACUGUAUAUGUAAAUCGUCCUAG